UCUCUGUUGCUUGCUCUUCAUUCUUCUCACAUAGCUUGUCUGAUGCUUGAUAGUUGGCUAUAAUCACUGAUUCUCAUUUACACGUUUCAUAGUUGUUAAUUCUUUUGUGCUUGUGAUAGAGCUGAUCAGGCUUAGGAACAUUAUUGUGAUUUGUUUGUUAGUCUGUCCUAAAUGCUACUUUAAUAGGACACAAGGAAAGAUGUUGAACACGACGAGUACCAUUUUGGAGGCAUCAUGAAUUCAUAAAAAACACUAGAUCACGAGGACCAUUUUGGCAAAAAUUGUUGUUGUGGUCAAGCUAAUCGAGAAGGAAUACAAGUCUAAAAUUAUUUUCACCUCCGGAUUGUUUCAACUUGGAAACAAUCGUUGCGGGUAGCAGGAGUUUAUUUAUCUCUUUUGAUAGAUAUAAUGAGACAGAGAAGUCGCGUUUUGUUCAUCUUUACACCUACAAAUCCAUUUAUCAUAUUGACUCCAGAUGAAUAUAAGUAGGAAUAGCUGGUAUGGUUGCAAAUAAACACCCAAGCAAUUUCUACCACUAAUGCAUCUCCUGUGUAUAUUGUGAGGAUAAUUGAAGGGGUGAGCUUGAUUAAUUUCUCAAGGGUGUUGCCAUGCAAAUAGCGAAAAAUUGAUGUGCUCGGGAACUAUUUGAUUUGAAAUAAGACUGUCAAGAUAAAUUAGAUGCAGGGCAACCAUGUUUUUACAUAGUUAAAAGUUUUGAACUUGUUGCCUAUCCUUCAGGGCGCAUGCUGAAUGCAAGUAGUUUUUUGAUUGUCACUACCUAGACCUGAGUUUCUAUUCCUUGACUUGACUUAGAAACUUGGUACGCUACUAGGUAAUUUAUUAAGUCCUGCAGCGAGAAGCCACCAUUUCUUUUAUGACUUUAAGUUCUGCUGUGAUUCAUUUCUAAAUGAUUGUAUGCCUUUGUGUUGUUAUGUGUUUACUCUUGUACUGCAAAUUACAAUCUUAAAAAAUACAGAAUUGAGUGUUUGAGGUCAAUACUGCUAAUUGGAACAUUGGGGAAAAGAGUUCCAGGCGAUUUUCCAUGCAUCAUGUUGUGUUGUUUGGUUUAAGACCUACUCCCUCCAUCCCAUAAUAUAAGAGCGUUUACACUUGUGUAAAAAAUGCUCUUAUAUUAUGGGAUGGAGGGAGUAGUAUUUUAUCUCAGCUAUUCUGCUAGCUUCUUCAUGUGUUUCCUCCUAAGCAAUUUUCCAACUUGUUACCCUAUAUAAAGACCCAAGGUUUAUUCCUUUUGCUAACAAGUUUCUGAAGAUCUGAAUUUUUUUUGUGUGCAUAAUUUUGACAAAUUAGACGGCUAUUGAGGAGGAGGUAAUGGAACAAGGCGUGGAGACGCUGUAAGGGUGUGUUCGGUUGCUGUCAUGGGAUAGAAUGUCAUGGGUCCGACCCAUUCCAAAAGCCCAUUCCCGUGUUCAGUUAGCCGAAGGGCCCAGAACCCACCAGUCCCAGAAAACCGAAUAUUCGGUGAUUAUGCGGAACCGACGCAUACCUCCAAAUCGGCCGGACGACAGAGAACGAGCCCUCGAGCCCUCGUUCCCCUCACACGCAGCCCCCCUCCCGCAUCUCAGCGCCGCCAACCUCCCACAUCUCUCCCUCUCUCGAUCUGCCACUCCUCCCUCUCCAGCGCCGAUUCCCUCUCCUCCCCGUCGUCUCUCCCCAGAUGGCGCACAUCUGCAGCUCGGCGGCGACCUAGGACCGGGUGGAGACCUACCUGGCAGCGGCAGGAGAGGAAGGAGCGGCCGGAGGUGUGCCUACAGAUCUGGAUUGGCGGCUAGCAACGAAGCCAAGGAUUGUAUUGGAGCUAUCGAUGGUACACAUGUGCGAGCAGGGGUUACCAAAGAUGUGGAGCCUUCUUUUCGUGGUAGGAAGGCCUUUACCACUCAAAAUGUGAUGGCAGCAGUAGAUUUUGACCUCCGCUUCACAUAUGUGUUGGCUGGUUGGGAAGGGUCCGCACACGACGCGACCGUCUUAGCUGAUGCAUUAACUCGUGAGAGAGGCUUACAAGUACCACCUGGAAAGUACUACCUAGUUGAUGCCGGUUAUUGAACCAAGCCUGGGUUCUUACCACCUUUUCGUGGCGUGAGGUAUCAUUUGAAUGAGUGGGGCAACAAUCCAGUCCAAAAUGACAAGGAGCUAUUCAACCUUAGGCACUCAUCUCUACGGGUGACGGUAGAGAGGGCUUUUGGAUCUCUCAAGAGGCGUUUCAAAAUUUUAGAUGAUGCCAAACCAUUCUUCACUUUCCCGGUCCAAGUUGACAUUGUUAUAGCUUGUUGUGUUCUUCAUAAUUAUGCACUAUCACAAGGGAUCGAUGAAUUCAUUAUACCGGAAGUGACAUGGACCACCAACCAAUUCGAACAUCAAGGCAACAAUUAAGUGACAAUAGGGCCUUGGUAGACCAUAGGCUACAGAUUGCUGCCCAAAUGUGGGAAGAUAGGCAACUUAUGUAUGCCAAUUUAUGAGUGCAGUGCACUAUGUAUUUGUAAUGUUUAUGCAACUACCUUUGCAUUCAUUUGAUGGCUGGACAGAUUGUGGUAUUUGUUAUGUCAAACCAUGUAUUUGUGAUGAUUUCAUCAUUUUUAUUGCAACAUUUUGAUGGCUGGACAGAUUGUGGUAUUUAUUAUGUCAAAUCAUAUAUUUGUGAUGAUUUCAUCCUUUUUAUUGCAACAUUUUGAUGGCUGGACUGAUUGUGGUAUUUAUUAUGUCAAACCAUAUAUUUGUGAUGAUUUCGUCCAUUCUUUUGCAAUUUUUUGAUGACU